GACCCCGAAUAUUGACCAGUUGGCACAGGAAGGGGUGAAGCUGACCCACCAUAUAGCUGCAGCAAGCCUCUGCACUCCCAGCAGGGCAGCAUUUCUCACCGGACGAUACCCGAUACGAUCAGGUAUAGCUGGUGUUGGCAGACCUGGUGUCUUUAUAUUGAAUGCAGCCUCCGGAGGUCUUCCCAGCCAAGAGGUUACCUUUGCCAAGAUUGCCAAAGAACAAGGCUAUGAGACGGCUCUUAUUGGAAAAUGGCACCUAGGACUUAACUGUAAGAGCAGUGACGACCAUUGCCACCACCCCAGUAUCCACGGCUUUAACUAUUUCUUUGGUAUCCCCUUGACCAACAUGCGGGACUGCCAGCCAGGACAUGGCACCGUGUUCCAGUUCCAUAAAUAUUUGCCAUGGAGGACACUGGCCAUUGUCUUGGUCACUGCAGCCUUACUCCACUACAGUGGCUUUAUCACCAUCCGCAGAUGGACAAUUCUGAGCCUGCUGUCCCUGUUGGUGAUGGUAACAGGUCUGUUAGCAGGAUUCAUAAUGGUUAUUCCAUACUUCAACUGUGUUCUCAUGAGGGACCACAGAGUUGUGGAGCAACCGUUCACAUCGGAAAACCUGACUCAGAGGAUGACUCAUGAGGCAGUGGACUUUAUAGAGAGGAACUCAGCAAGGCCUUUCCUGCUGUUUGUCUCUUUUCUCCAAGUGCACACAGCCAUGUUUGCUUCGGCAGCAUUCAGAGGAACGAGCCACCACGGCAUCUAUGGAGACGCUGUCCAUGAAGUUGACUGGAGUGUAGGUCAGAUCAUGCAGACUCUGGACGGACUCAACCUGGGAGAAAACACUCUGGUUUAUCUGACUUCGGACCAGGGGGCUCACCUAGAGGAAAUCUCUACCAGAGGGGAGGUCCAUGGAGGAUGGAAUGGAAUUUAUAAAG